AUGGCAACGGCGUCUGGUCGGCGCGGAAGCGCUCGGCAGGAAGGCGCAUGGCCAGCUGCAUGUCUGCUGGACUUCCUUGACUGUCCAGGAAUCGAAACACUCCAGAAGAAGCAUGGCGACAGCCUUUGCCGGGAGGCGCAGAGCGCGAUGGCGACGCUUCCCUGGAUGGCAGCCUCAGACCUCACCCGAGCAAGCGCUGUCGAAACCCUGGAUAAGGAGGGCUGCCUCCUUAUCCGCGAAGCCGUUCCGGCACACGCUUGCCAAAGACUGGCAGCAUAUGUCGAUGAUGCGCUCGCAUCUGCAAAGCAGGAGCUGGAGCAGGCCUACAGCAUCUGCAGCUGUGCUGAGAGUAUUUCCGGAAGCUGGUCCAUGGCGGAAGACAGGUUUGGAGGCCGUUCCGCAGAGGGCCAGAUUGGCUCUGCCAUUCUCAUGAAUUCCCAGCUGCUCCACUGCGGCGGUGGCCAAGCUGCAGCAGCGAAAGGUGGUGGACGACGGCGCUUGCUGUACGUCACCUUCCAUCGCCCGUUGAAUACUCCUGCGGAACACUCGCUGCGAGACGAGCUGGUGUGCGAGCACCGAUUGUCUGACUUCGAUGGCGGGCCGUUUAUCACCCAUCAGAGAGACGAGGUUUACCAGCGCCUCUUCGUGGAGGCAAACAAACGCAACUUGGAGGCCAUGCUAGACUUUGCUCUUUUCCUUCGGAAGAGUGGGCUUGCUGAACAUGUAGCCGUUGUGUCAAACUCUGGUGGGGAACAGCAGCUUUCAAUCGCUUUCAACAGCUUCCUUGCCAUGGCCUCCGCACCACCCUCAUCUGAAGAGCUUGAAGCAAAAAAGGGUGCGCUGGCCAGCGCACCGCCUCCACCACCCAAAAGUGGUGUUGACCCAACCGUCUUGGGAAUCUACCAAGCAACGUUUGACCGUGACUUCCCAGCAGGAGGCAUGGCGCUCGUUUGCCAGACGUUGGGCCUGGACACUGAGAAGUACCCCAAAUACUUGGAGUGCACCACGAGAGAGCAGUUCACGGAAAUGUCCCUGGGCAGUUAUCUGGGCGCCCGCGUUCGAGGCUUCCUUACACGCUGGGAGUUGGGAGAGUUCGCCGCUAAGCAUGCGCACCUACAUGCAGAAUGUCCUCGGUGCAGUGAUUUGAAGCCAGAGGAUGUUGCCGAACUCGUUGGCAUGCCUGUCAUAGUCGAAGCCUUGGUGGACUUCUACUUCAAGCCAUGGAGGUCACAUGAUGGCACGCGCGGCAUGGGAUGGGUGUUCUUUGGAUGUUGCGUCGUGCUUUACCGGACUGCGGGUGCUGCAGAGAGCUGCGAGCUGUCCCGACGGCAAGUACUGGAUGCGUUUCAUGCAGUGCUUAAUGCAUUCUUGUCACACUGGGCUUGCAAGCUGGAAUCCGGGAAGUAUUGCCAGCUGGGGCGAGAUGGUAGACCCUUCCAGGCAGGGCGGGGGUCUUUUGAUGGAUCAGACGGUGAGUGGGCAGUGUCUGGCCAUUCUGGGGAGAGCGCGGAGCAGACCAAGUUCCUUUUCGAGGUCGCAGCCAGGAUUUCGCCACGACAGAUUUGCGAAGUUGGCUUCAAUGCGGGUCAUUCUGCGUUGACCCUGCUGGUAGGUUCGGGUGAGAACUCUUCAUAUUUGGGCUUUGAUUGGAGUAAGUUGAACCCGGGCUUAAACGAGGAACUCUUCAGGAUGAUUCGGUCUUGGUUCCCUCGCCGUGACAUGAAGAUUCUCUGGGGAGACGCUUACCCAAAUAUCCAAGCCUUUCUCACUGCAGAGGCAGGAACAGGUGAAGGACUUUGUGACCUAAUCUUCUUUGAUGGGCCCCAUGAUGUCCUGCAAGUUCUCAAGUUUAUGCCCCUGUUGCGGUCAUUGGCAAGGAGGUCUCGUCCCUUCUUGCUUGUGGAUGAUGUGGAAUGCUCUUCGCCGAUCUGCCUUCAUUCCACUCUUGCCUGGCACUUCUUGGUUUGGAUGGGAAUUGUGAUUUCCAUCGACUGUAGAGCCACUGGAACAAAACGAGGCAGCAAAGACAUGGGUGCCUGUCUUGGACGUUUCCAAUGGGGACAGGCAGUCCGGUGCCAGGCGUUCGACGCACGAUGUGUGGCGCAUACACUCGGCAUGAGCUAUCAGCAGCAGCAGGAUGUGGAGUUUCGAGAUGGACCUCUGGGCUUCACUUUAGAGGGAAACCUUGUGGUUGCAGUGCAACCCAACGGGCAGGCCGAGCGGCUCGGAGUGGAGAUCGGUGAUCGCUUGAUCAAGAUCGACGGUUACGAGGUUCCCAAAUACGAGACAGAAUUUGAAGAGCAGCGCGCUCGAAAAGUGAUUGCCAAAUGGCUCAAGGAGAUGCCGCGGCCAGCCAUCCUGACUUUCGAGCUGCCCGACCAGGAUCUUGAUUUCAACGAAGAGACCUUGGCUGGGCAGCAUCCAGACCUGCCAGAGCCUCGCUCUGAAGAGGUGCCCAAAGCAGGCGCGAUGCAGGUCCUGCAGGCAGAGCUGCAGCGUACCCAGGAGGAAAGAAAAAAGCUUGCAGCUGAGCUCCAGGAUAGCCAAGAGGCUUGUGGACGGCUGUCGGCCGAGCUGGAGUCCAUGAAGAAGGAGUCCGCGCCAAACCUGCGGCGGCUUGCGGAGAUGGAGGAGCAGCUGCAGACGUUGCGCAACCAGAACAAGGAUCUGGUAAGUGCUGUCAACGCAAGCUCAGCAAGCCGAACUGAUGAAGAGCUGCAGAAGUUGCGCCAGGCACUUGCAGCCACGCAAGAAGCAAGCCAAGCUGCUGUGCAGGCAGCAAAAGCUGAAGCAACCGCUGCAGAGCAGAAGUGCGCGGAGCAGGAGAAGGAGGUCAAGGCCUUGAUGCUGAAAGUCUCAGAGCUCACAGAAUGUGCAGAAAGCCGACGACUUCAGAUGGAGCCUCUCGAGAAGGAGCUCCAAGGUUUCCGCGCAGCUCAUGAGGCUGAGCUGGACCUCUACCGCGAGGAGCAACAGCAGCGGAAUGCGCAGCAUCAGCACGAUGUUGAGGAGUUCCAGCGGAAGCUGGUGGAACGAGACCAGAAGGCUAAGCGCGAUCUGGAAGAAUUCGAACAGCAGCUGCAGAGGUCCAAAGAGGCCCUGCAAGAAGCCAAAGUCAAUGCUGAAGCUGCUGCAGUUGAAUCCACGGCUACCAGGCAUGAAUUGGAGGCUCUUCGCUCCACGUACUGCUUGGAGGCAUCACCCAGUGCGCAUUUAGUGCCUGGCGAGGAGCGCGUGGAGAUGCCGCCCUCUACCUCGGAUACUCCUGAGGUACUUGAGCUGCAGAAGAGGAUCAACCUCUUGGAGACCAGGUGCGCCAAUUUGCAGAGGCGUCUGCGCUCGCAGGAUGCCGUUGCGGCAACCAUGAGACCAAGCUGGGAAUUGAAGCUUGCAGCUGUCACAGGCCCUCACUUUGCAGCUGUUGCCGUUGCACUUCACCGCCUUUCGCUGGGUGGUCUCCGUAGUUUCACGGAGCGGUUGCUGAAGAGCGAGGCCUGGUUGUGGGUCUUCUACGCUCACCUCUUGGUCCUCUACACCAUCUCAGCAUCAUGCUCUGUACAAACCACUGCAGAUGCUGGCAGCCGGAACCUGAAACUGGGCAACAUUUUCGUUCUUGGCCUCACCGACAGCUCAGGGGGCCCGGGGGCCUGCGAGCAUUUUGGCACGUGGGCACACCCGUAUGCAGGUGCUGUCAGCCUCUCGGCGCUAGCUUUCCUAUCACCGCAUCCCUCUCAGGGCCGGGCAGCUGCGCGGUUUUGUGGCCAACGACCAGUCCAGCCGCAGCUCUCGACGGCUCGAAGCGCAGCUUCGACCCUGAGUUGGACGACCCCGAGCAACAGCUGGUCGGCUGAGCGCCUCAGCCCACGGGAAUGGUUGCGAAUGUACCGGACAUUAGGUCUCUCCCCGGAUGCCUCCAAGGCUCAGGUUUCCAAGGCUGCCUCGCGGCUUCGAAAAAAGUAUUCCUCAGAUGAGGCGGCCCUGCAGCGCGUCGAGGCCGCCAACCUGUGGAUAAUGACAAAGCUGCUCUCCGAGAAGGAGGAAGCCCUGCGCGCAAAGCAGGCAGCGAAUCGUCUCCGAGAGCUCGGGGACUCUCCGCGAAGGCUUUUCCAUAAAUACGUGGCCGGCUACGUGCCUCCAGGGGUGCGGCAGAUGAUCGAGCCGCCCAACACAAAACAUUUCCGAUGGGCCAGCGGACUCCUGGGUGCUUUUGCACUGUUCGGGCUUUGUGUUCCCACUCAGGCGACCAACUUCAUUGGCUUAGCAGCAGCAUCGGCCAUGGGUCUGGUGUACCAGCGCAAUCGUCCGGAGCCGGUGCGAGACGACAUGGGCAACGUGGGCGCGGUGCAGAAGCCGAAUGUCAAAGAGAUGGGUGCGUCCAUAGCCCUUGUAGUGGUUGGGCCAGCGCCCAAGUCACACAUGGGUAUGUUUAAGCCUGAGAAAUCCAAUAUGCACAACAGGUGA